GGCCCCGCGCAGCGCCCGCCUCCCGCUUCCCUCCCCAAGUGGACGCUCGAACUGAAAGUGAAAAAUAGCCGACAAACAAACAAACAAAAAACCCCAAACACACGCAAAAUAAUCAUCAAGCAGCAGCAGCAACGACAAAACAACAACAGCAAGGAAAAAACCCAGACCCAACAGCACGGGGACGGUGGCACAUCGGGCGGGAUGGUUUUUUGCGGCAGUCACCAUGAAGAGGAGUAAGGAUGGAGUGGGACAACAUUGUGGCAAGGGCGGAAAACUUUCAACAAGCUGGCCUGCCUGACGCCUAGCUCUAACUGUCCGUGGGUGCCCUGCGGGCCUAACAGUGCAGCAUGAUCAGGACGAGGAGGAAGAAACUGUGGGCAUCUUGUUUCUGCUUUGCAGCCGCCUUUUUCCUUCUGGUGACAUUCCAGGUACAGGGGAAAAAGGGCGGGGGGUAUGCAUGUAGUUGCACUCAACACGUGACAAAAAUUUGGCAAAUUGAGAGAGAUCAUAAAAGGCAGAAGAUGUUUUUCGUACAAGACUGCUGUGAGAGGAAUAUUUGAAGAAAGUCUGUCAGCUCUCUGUCAACUCUGUUAGGAUAGUGGUAGCAGCUCCAUAAGUGACAUUACACAGAGAAUGCCUUCCUUGCACAGCUCCUCAGCUCCUGGAGGAGUUCCUCACAAGUUGUGUACCAGACCACCCCAUGUUGCAUUGCCUCCAUCCUGUACUGCUUUCCCAGUCUCCUCAAGGCCUGGAGUUUGAACUGAUGAGGCUGGGAGGCAAGGCUGGACCCAUUCCAGGCAAAUGUGGCAGCCUUACCAGGAAAACCUGAGCAGUCCUGACUCAAAGGCUGUGGUUAGCAUUAGGAAGUCCAGUAGCUGGUCAAUAAAAGAAAAUGAAUGAGAGGAAAAUCAGUGUGGAGGCAUAUUAAUUUACAGUAGGCGCAGUCCAGCCUAGCUUUUCAUUAGAAGAAAGCAACUUUUACACAGAUUGAAUCAGCCUUAGCUGACAGCUGUGGGACUUUCAGAAACUUCAGUCAUGAGAAGUGCAGGAUCUGCCCCAGGGAUGUCUCCAUUUGGACUGUGCUCUGAACUGAAGCUCUUGUUCAGACUGGUACCUCAGGUGACUCCCAGUGGACCCAGCAUAUGGAUUUCAGAAGUUCUCCCAGGCCGGCUGCUUGCUCUGAAUGGGAAUGACUUUGUGGGGGCAGGUGUUGUCACUUUUGGUUCUCUGCCCCUAAGCUGGCCAUCCAAAGUUUGAUGUGGCUGCCCUAAUGUGGGAGCAAUGCUAGCAAAUCUUUAGGAGCUUUACUGGCAGGUUUUGUGACUGCACUGCACCUCCACAGCUAAGCAGGUUCGUAUUUGGGAUUUUCAUCUGACGAGUUCACUGCACAGUGACACUUGGUGCCCUGCUGCUGGGACUGCUGCAGCAUGUGUGCUGUGGGUAUAAAUGGUAUAUCAUCAAUCCUCAGGAGUUCAGAGAGAGCUGCUAGAAAUUCUGAACAAGCACACAGAUUCCUUGAAUUCUGCUAAGGCAAAUUUUGGAAACAGAAAAGGAGUAUGUUCCUGGAGAAACAUGGACAUGAAGUAGCUAUAGACUUAUCAGAGUUAUAUUGCUGCACUUACAUCUUACUGCACUGCUAGACAAAUAAUCCUUGUCCCCAGCUAGUAUCUUGUCCACUUGCCAAUGUGGGAAUGUUUUCUGCAUUUUUCUGUGCAGCUGCACUUUGCACAGCCUCCUGUGUGUGCUGUCCCAGUGUCCUGUGUUGCACAGAGCCUAUUUAGUUUAGUUACAAUCGGUGUAUUUUACUAGACAGUAAGAGUGAAUGACAUAGCUAACAGCAAAAUGAAUGCAUGUGGUAAUGCUAUCAGGGAAGAUAAAUGUUUUCAACCAACUUAGUGUAAACAAUGGUCUCCUGCUUUCCAAUAUCCUCCUUCAGAGCCAUCCAAAAAGUGGAAAUGCUGUGAGCCAAAGCUGUCUGGUGGGUAUCAGCUCCUCCAUCGCUCUUGCAGCUGUUAUUAGGGUGGCAUUAGGCACUGCCUGUAGAGAUGCACACAAAAGAAGCCGUUUGCAUGGUGGCAGGAAGGUCUUUGCCCCACAGAAGCUAAGGGUGGUUCCUGUGUAUCCCGCAGCACCACCUACCAGCACCAUUUCUGUCUCUUCACUCUCCCUCAGAAGACUUCUCUGCCCCAGGACACUUUCAUGAAAGGUACAACCUGUAGAAAAGGGUGGUGGUUUCAUGGGCACCUGAAUUAGUGAAGCCUGACUUUCUGAGGACUUCUGUCUCAUGGCUGAUGGUUAUCACUGAACUGAGCGAUUCAGAGAAUAAGGUGGCAGUAGACUACAGUUUACACAGUGGUCCACUGAAGCCUGAGGAGAGACAUGAUUUCCAAUUUAAGAACAAACUUGACAGCAACUUCAGGACAGAGUCUGAUGCAAACCAAUACCCCAUCCUGCUCUGGUGGUCUCCCCUGACUGGAGAUACAGGGAGACUGGGUCAAUGUGGAGAGGAUGUUUGCUUCUUUACUAUCAACAAGACCUACCAGCACAACCAGAUGACAAGAGCUUUUCUGUUCUAUGGUACUGACUUCAGUAUAGACAGCCUACCACUCCCUCGAAAAGACCACCAUGACUGGGCCCUUUUCCAUGAAGAGUCACCAAAAAACAACUACAAACUCUUCCACGAACCAACUAUCACCUUAUUCAACCACACCGCGACCUUCAGCCGCCAUUCUCACCUACCACUGACCACUCAGUACCUUGAGGGUGUAGAGGUCCUCAAGUCCUUGAGGCACAUGAUCCCGCUGCAAAUGAAGAACAGCCUGAGGAAGCAGCUUGCUCCACUCGUGUACGUGCAGUCAGACUGCAACCCUCCUUCUGACCGGGACAGCUAUGUGCGUGAGCUGAUGUGCCACAUCGAAGUAGACUCUUAUGGGGAAUGUCUGCAUAACAGAGACCUUCCCCAGCAUCUCAGAAAUCCAGCUGCCAUGGACGACGGGAACUUCUUUAAAAUACUGGCACAGUACAAGUUCAUUCUUGCAUUUGAAAAUGCUAUCUGUGAAGAUUACAUCACUGAAAAACUCUGGCGGCCACUGAAGCUGGGAGUGGUACCAGUGUACUUUGGGUCUCCCAGCGUUGUAGACUGGCUUCCCAGCAACAAGAGCGCAAUCUUGGUAUCUAGUUUUUCACACCCUAGGGAGCUGGCCCACUAUAUCAAAACACUAGACAAAAAUGAUGAAGAAUAUGAGGCCUUCCUGGAAUGGAAACUGAAAGGCAACAUUUCCAACCCAAGGCUGCUUACAGCAAUGAAGGAGCGCAAAUGGGGAGUGCAAGAUAUCACCCAGGACAAUUACAUUGACACGUUUGAGUGCAUGGUUUGUAACAGAGUGUGGGAAAACAUCAGGAGGGAAGAAAAGGGAUGGCUACCCCAGAAUUGGAGUGCUCAGGUUAAACAUCUGAGCUGCCCCAAACCCGAGGCUUUCUCGUUCUCAUCUUCAAACGCUGGCUGGAAUUCCCUCCAAGAGAUGUGGAUAGCAAGUUUUGAGCAAUCCAAGAAGGAAGCCUGGGCACUGAGGCAGCUGGUGGAAAGGAACAGGAAUUUUACAGCUCAAGAAUUUUGGAUGCUUGUAUUCAAAGAAUAAAUGCAACAGCCUGUAAAACAAA